AUGAAUGAUUAUGCAACCGUUUACCUGGCAAGUGCGCCGGAUGGAAAAGGACGUGCUCUCACGGAACUGAAAAUGAAUGAUGUAGAAGGAUUAACCGGCACUUCCAUGCGGGAAAUUGCCAUACUUCGCGGAUUAAAUCAUAAAAAUAUCGUCACACUACUGGAUGUGCCGAAAACAAAAGCAUCUUCCACACUUGUCUUCGAAUACGAAGAUAUGAGGACAAUUAUUAACGAAGAUCUCGGGAUACGCACCGACAAAGUUAGAGACUUCUUCAAACAGGUUUUAUGCGGUUUAGAAUUCUGCCAUCAGAACAACAUCACUCACUGUGAUCUAAAACCGGAGAAUAUCCUCAAAAGAAAUGAUGAUGUUAUAAAAAUAGGUGGUUUUGAUCUUAAUAGGCAAAUGACUAAUCAAAGUGAUAAUCCUACCUCCGAGGAUAAUACUCUUUGGUACAAACCGCCGGAAAUACUUCUCGGUGAAACUAAAUAUGACGGUAAAGUCGACAUCUGGAGCGCUGGAUGCAUACUUUUCGAAAUGAUUGUCCAAAAGCCGCUUUUCCCUGGCAACGAUACAGACUCCGAAAUUUGCUACAUUUUUAAUCGUUUAGGCCUUCCCCCUCCUGAUUACUGGCCUGAGCUUUCCAGCAAUAGCAUCUUACAACGACUGUAUCUUACGGAUAUUAACGACAGGGAAGAAGUCGAGCUCACAAAAGAAGAAUACGCUAACAGUCAUCUGCUUGACAAACUAAACAAAUUGAGUGAAGAAAAGAGCACGUACUCAGGCUUCCAACUGGCCUUUCCGCUGAUGGUCAAAUGCUUGCAACCGAAUCAAAGUGUGCGCAUAGAUGCAACCCAGGCGUUGGAUGAUGAAUACUUCGGUAGCGUGAAAUGCCCGAAGGGACUGCAGGAUAUUACUACCUUGAACUUUGUUGUUGAUGAUUCCGACAUGGGCUAUUCGGUGAGUGAUUGUUGCAAAUAUUUUCCAAAAUGCACCGACCGAGCCCAUUAA